CAGCAGGGCGAAGUGCGCUGCGGACUGGGCUGAGCCGGCCCCCGGGGGCUCCUUGCCUUUCUGGGCAAGCGCUUCUCGUGGCCCUGCCCCUCUCGGCCCCUCUCCGCCCCGCCUCGCUGCUCCGCGCUGGGCUACGCUCUCCAGUGGCCGCUGUGGGGCAGGCUGGGAGGCAGCCGCCCGGGGCCCCGCGUCCUCAGCUGGGAAAGCCCCAACUACCCGGCAGCGCCCAGGGCCCCGGAGCAACUGGUGGGAGUCGGACCCCCCGGCGCAGCAGGAGCCCGGCCCGGGCAGAGCGGAUCGGGGCUUCCCGAGAGCCGGCGCCAUGGUGGAGAAGAACCUGGACCAAUGCCAGAAGGAGACAGAGGAGGUGACUCAGAUUAUGCUAGUCAACUAUUCCAAGGUACUGGACCGGGAGGCCAAGCUCAGCGACUUGGACGACAGAGCAGAUGAGCUCCAAAACAUGAGCUCCGCCUUCAGCAGGACAACAAAGACGGUGGCGCAGAAGAAGCGCUGGGAGAACAAGAAGUACAAGAUAUUCCUGGCGGUGGUAGUGGUGGUCGUGGUGUUGAUCAUCCUGGCUGUGGUUCUAUGGCUGUCGCUGCGUGGGGCUGGGAACCAGGCCGCUGAGAGCCGGGCCUCCGUAAACCAGGCCACUGAGAGCAGGACCACCCCCACGCAGGCUGACUGAGGGAAGGAGAUGACCCAGUGCCCUCUCUGCUAGGGACGCAGCUGCCCUGGGCUCAGUGCAAUAUGGACACCGCGCAUGGAGACUGCAGGGGCUGCCAUUGAAACUGGGGCUUUUCUUUAGCUAUUUGGAAAGGCCCCUUCGCAGAUGGGUCACAACACUGGGAAACAGUAUUGACAGCCCAGCUCCCUUCUGCAGACUAAACAAUCCCAGUUCCCUCAGCCUCUCUUCAUAAGUCAUGUGCUCCAACCCCCUAAUAAUU